AUGAAGAUGUCGGCGAAAGUCACCGGGCUAGGCCAUAUCGGUUUCUACGUUCAAGACCUUGAACUCAUGAUGAACUUCUAUGCGAAUUUCAUGGGCAUGACGCUGACCAAGGUCGGUCCGCUGGGCGCUUUUUUCAGCGCCGAUCCGGAGAGCUGCGACCACGAGAUCGCCCUGAUCAACGGGCGCGCCUCGCUGGAGGACCCGCAAUGGAUCCAGCAGAUCUCGAUGCGUGUGGAGUCCCUCGAUGAUCUCCGCGACUUCAAGGGUCGCAUCCUGGCACACGGGUACAAGCUGGACCGCAUCGUCACUCACGCGAGCGCUAUCGGCUGCUACUUCCGGGAUCCGGAGAACAACCCCACCGAGGUGUUCUGGCUCACCGGCCAUACGUCAUGGGCCCAGGUGGGCAUCCCCAUCGACAUUGACCAGUCGGACGAAGCGGUUAUGGCGGAUGUGUUGCGGUCCUGGGAAGCGGUCAAGGACGUCGCAAUGGGCAAGCCGGCCAGCCAGGAAACUGUGGAGGCGAUUCGCGAUUUGAGCGCGACGGCGGUCGGAAGCCGAUAA